AUGCUGCACGGCUGGGCUUCGCUGCCGCCCUGCCACCCCACCACCUGCUCUGAGCACCGCCUGGAGCUGGGCAAGGAUGUGGAGCUGGGGCUGUAUGUGGCGUCGGGUGUGGUGGUGUUUGACCUGCACCGCCGCUCGGUCAAGUGGAGCCAGCACCUGGACCUGUCCACAGACUACACCUCCUUCAAGGCGUACGCCUACUCGGCCCCCACGCUGGCCGACAUUGACAACAACGGCAAGAUGGAGAUCAUCAUGGGCACAUCCAUGGGCUUUUUGUAUGUGCUGGACUGCUACGGCGUCACGCGCCCCGGCUUCCCGCUGCAGAUGGGGGACAUCCAGGCCCAGGUGGCCAUGGCCGACAUCAACGCCGACGGCCAGCUGGAGAUGGUGGCGGCCGACUCGCGCGGCAACGUGGCCGCCUUCACCGCGGCGGGCAAGGAGGUGUGGGAGACGCACCUCAACAGCCAGAUCCACCAGAACGCUGUGUUUGGUGACAUUGAUGGCGACGGGGAGCUGGAGGUGGUACUGGCCACCUUCAGGCCUGGGCCCCCGGCGCUGCUGGGCAGCAGCACUGGGCUCUAA